GAAAAAAAAAACUAUAACAUUUUCAUUUAACUUGUCAAUAACAAUCGAAUUUUUAAAUAAUAAGUAGAACCCCUUAUCGAUAAAUUAUAUAAGUAGGCGCCAAGCUGCCACGAAGCCGCCUAAUAUAAAUUGGUACAAUAAGCAACACUUGAUUCUCGUUACUCCACUUUAACUUUUAGUCAAGUAAUCCUACCAUAGAGCAAUUUCGUACUGUAGGGUUGAAUAGUGUUCAGAAAUGAGUCCAAAAAAUAUAAUUGUUGAUGUUGAUGCUGGACAUGACGACGCAGUGGCUUUAAUUCUGCUUUUAUCGGCUCAUCGUAACCAUCAAAUAGUUAUUAAAGCAAUUACAUGUGUUGCUGGAAAUACUGAUAUUGAUAAUGUUAUUAAAAAUGUUUAUAGAACACUAGAAGUCUGUGAUACCACUGAUAUUCCUGUAUAUAGGGGAGCAUGUUCACCGCUGAUUUCCAUUGAUGGUUCAGUUGAGUGUAGAUAUCAUGGCAAUGAUGGCUUUGGAGAUGUCUUGAAAGAUACACCAGAUAUAAGUAAACUACAGAAAAAACAUGCGGUUAUUGCAAUUCGUGAUAUAGUUACAGAGAAUCCAAAUAAGAUAUCUGUCGUUUGCUUAGCACCAUUGACUAAUAUUGCAUUGGCAAUAAAAUUAUUCCCUGAAAUCUUGAAUGAUGUUAAAGAAUUUUAUGUGAUGGGAGGAAAUUCAAAAGCACAAGGAAAUGUGACUUCACAAGCAGAAUUUAAUUUUUAUUCUGAUCCCGAAAGUGCUCAUAUUUUAUUUAAAAGUAAUUUCAAACCCUUGUGGCUAUUACCUUGGGAAACAUGUCUAAAGUCUGAUGUAAGCAUGGAUUGGCGAAUAAAUGUUCUUGGAAAAAUUAAUUCUAAACCUAUGCAGUUCAUAAACACUGUAGAAAAUGCGAUAUUUGCAAAGAAUCCUAAGACUCAAUAUUACAGGCCAUGCGAUGGACUUUUAGCCGGACUAGUAUUAAAUCCAGCGAUGAAUAAACAGUGCACUGAAUAUCAUGCAGAUGUUGAAUUAACUGGAUCUAAAACCAGAGGACAAGUGGUUUUAGAUCAUUUGGAAAACAAUAAACCAAAUAUUUUUUUAAUUGAUGACACAGAUACUGAUAUUUUUAAAGAGCAACUUUAUACAGCAUUUUCAUCAUUUUGUGGAAAACAAAAAUAAUCAAAAUAUGAUUAUUGUUUACAUAAUUAUUUUUUUAUUGUCUGAUUUCAUCCUUGAAUAGCAUCUACAAUUUUAUAUGAUUUUCAUAUCAACGAUAGAUGUGUUGAAAUCUAAAUAACUAUUGGAAAUAAAAUAUUUUA